GGGUGAUGGUCUCCGACUUCAGUACACCGGAGCGUCGGACAUCUCCCAAUAUAGGGUCCUGCUCGAAGGGCCGGUUGGCAGGGCCUGGUUCCUGGGGGAACACUUUCUGCGCCAGGUAUGGGGGUAUCUUUCUCAGGAUAUUCCCGCAGUACCCCCAGCCAGUAUGCGGACCAAUGACAGACUCUCUUACUCAGAGGUAGUCGGCGCCAUGCUGGGUACUGAUGUUUUACUAUACAUUGAGGAGGGGGACUACGCCACUUACCGUCACAUAUAUUUGAUGCCUCCAUUGACGGAAGCUCGUAUCCCGAUGAUGAGGCCUACCGGUAUGUCAUCCUCGGACCAGGCUCGGGCUCGGGCUGCAGACGCCCCUUCUACUAGCAGGGCCGGUACAUCUAGAGGUGGGAGUAGACCGGUCCCUCCGGCUCCGUCGGUUCAUCCUCAUCCCGGAUGGCCAGAUAUGCCUACUGAGUUGAUGGCGUGGCAGUAUGGGGCUAGCUCUCCGACCCCGAUCCCGCUAGAGCCUCCGAUGCCCAGUGAUCGAUACGCCAUUGAUCCGGACUCACCGCCGCCAUCGCGAGGGUACAUAGAGGAGGUGGUUGGACUAGUGGCCACACUCGAGGGCAUGGUCCUGCGUAGGGAGGCACAGUUGUCUGUCGCGGGCAUCCAGAUGCCUUCAUGGUCCGAUCAGCCGCAGGCCAGGCCACCUGGGCGUCAUUGGGGAGCUGGGCCAUCUGGGCCUUUUCAGGGGGCGGGGCCAUCCCGAGGAGCUGGGCCAUCUAGGCCUUUUCGAGGAGCUCGAGGGGGGCCUGUCUGCAGACGCAGGGCUCACGUUGUGGAGGUGGAGCCUGAUGAGGAGGAGGAGGAUGCUGAGGAGGAGGAGGAGGCUACCGAUCGUCAGUUCGAGACGUCUGCCGGGGAGGAAGAGGAGGAGGCUGAGGGGGAUCCUGAGGAUGACGGCUCCGACUCAGAUGAUGAUGAUGCUGUGGAGAUUGUCCCGCAGAAGAGGAUGAGGAGUGCUUCUCGUUCUCACUCCCGAGGACUUUGAUGUUGCUAUUUCCUGCUUUAUUUUUCUUUUCUUGCUAGUAGUUUGUAGCACUUUGCACAUUGUUAGGCAGUUUUAUUA